GAUGUGGAAGAAGACGUAACAUUCAAAAUACUCGAUCGCGGCGUUAAGGUCUCCAGAUCUGAAAUACUUAGAAGACUGAAGAGGGCGAACCUCAUAAGAUACGGAUAUAAAAGGGAAAUUUCUACCAACAGGCGUAUUGAAAACAACAAAUCAGAGUUCAAGGUAAGCCCUGAGAUUUUUUUUCUCACUCAAACGGUUUAUAGCUUUCAUGGCUUUGUGUCCACUAAUUCAAAUCAAGUUUAAUUUUGCUAGGCUUUUGUUUUAUUACCAAGGCUUCGUUUUGUUCCAUGUUAGUGUAGUUCGCAAUGUUUUUAUGCUCAAAAUGAAGCUUUACUUCUACAGUAAUUAUUUGAUAAUUUUUUCCUUCUCCUUUAGAAAUCAAUCUUCUACUACAAGAAAGGAAACUGCUCAGAAAUUCUGGCGAUUGAAAGACAAUUACGCCAGUUGAUAUUCCGCGGUAAAGUGACUGUUUGCCCUCUUACCCAGCUUAGAGCCCCUACGUACCCUUCUACCAAAAUUUAAACGUCGCUGAAAAAAUUUGUAGAAAAAGGUAUCUUCUUCAAAUGGCCCACUCAUUUCAAAUUUUCUUUUUCCGUCCCUUAAAAGUCCUAAAAUAUUACUUAGACUGGAAAGUUACUUUUAAUCAAUACGCAUCCAAGUGAGGAUUUUGAUGUCGUUACGUAGCUGCACAGUCUCUGUUUUUUUUAGUCCGUCGAGUGAAACUCUGACGCGAGAAAAUAAAAUUAUCGCGCUCCUGACUGAACGUUUAUUAUAUUUUCCUGUUCAUUCUUAGGUCGUUUGGGAAAAGGCAUUCACAAUAGACUGAGCACAGAAGUGAAAAACAAUCCGCACUUGCUGAAAAACGGGAGUCAGUGUAAAUCGGGACUGGAGAUAGAUUUCGUCAGGGUCACCCGUGAGCGCUCUCUUCUCAACAGGAGAUACAGUGGAGAGUCCCUGAAACAAUUUGACCCGUCCGACGAUACAAAAACAACACAUUCCUUUACAAUCAACCUUGGUUUU